AUGGAUGUUGAAUUAAAUGUAACAUUGUUAACUCUUGGUGGGUUUGCAGAAUUGCACAAAUACAGAUAUCUUUAUUUUGUGGUUAUAUUUACACUUUAUAUUCUGAUUCUCUGCUGUAAUUCCACUAUAGUGUGCCUUAUUUGGACUCACAAAAACCUUCACGAGCCAAUGUACAUUUUUAUUGCAGCUUUGUUAAUCAACUCUGUUCUUUACAGCAUGAUUAUCUAUCCGAAGCUCUUAUCUGAUGUUUUGUCUGAAAAACAGAUGAUAUCAUAUCCACUCUGUCUUUUCCAAGGUUUAUCAUAUUACACCUCGGUUGGUUCAGAAUUUUUACUGUUGGCAGCAAUGGCAUAUGACAGGUAUGUGUCUAUAUGCAAACCCCUGCAAUAUCCAGUUAUUAUGAAUAGAAUAAUGAUAUAUAUCUGUCUGAUUUUAGCUUGGCUUAUACCUGCUUUUGAAGCCUUGAUGUUAGGUGUGUUGUAUUCUAAUGUCAAACUCUGUAGCUUUACUCUGACAGGAAUUUUUUGUAAUAAUUCAGUUCACAAGCUUCAGUGUGUGCCGUCAGUAGCAAUAUCUAUAUAUGGUGUGGUCAUGUUGAUAAACAUUGCCCUUCUACCUCUGCUUUUCAUACUUUUUUCAUACAUCAAGAUUCUUAGAAUAUCUUACCAAAGGUGUAGAGAAGUAAGAAAAAAAGCUGUAAAGACAUGUUUACCCCACUUGCUGGUUUUAAUUCACUUUUCUUGUUUUAUUUUCAUUGAUAUAAUUAUAGUUAGACUGGAAACUGACUUAUCAAAAACUCUCCGUUUGAUAUUGACCUUUGAGUUGAUUUUAUUUCAUCCUCUUUUAAAUCCAAUUAUAUAUGGACUCAAAAUGAAUGAAAUUUCUAAACAUCUCAAGAUAUUGUUGUGUCUAGUUAAAUAA